GAGGCGAACAACUUAAGAGGUGGUCGGUAAGUCGUAGCAGUUCCCCUCCAUGUGGCUUCCCUGGCUUCAUGUGCUUGAAAAUAUAAAAUUAUAACCUAAAAUUCAGACAAAUUUCUUUUUGAUAAAAGUUUGUUGUGGUAAUCCCCUGUCAUAUCCGGCGAGUUUGACUUGAUGAUGAUUCUGAAGGAUUUUGGGACUUUUUUGGAGAAUGCAAAAAUUGUAAAAUGACUACCACUAGAACUUUUUUUUAACGGUUUCAGAGUUAUCAUUUCAAAGCAAAAUCAUGCAGCUUCUAUGGUCUUUCAAAAGAUGUUGACGGAUUUUUUUCUGGGCACGAAAUCUCAGGUUUACGGACUUGCUACUUGCAACUACCUCCUUUUCAGCGCUGGCAAAACCUGAUAUGUUUCGAUGUGAAUGAAGAUCUCGAGAUCUGGAAGAACAUGUUUACGCCAGGAUUGCAUUUGUUUACAGAGGGGGUAAUUUUCUUAAUAAAGAUUAAAUAGAGUCUACAAAUCAGGUCUGCUGUUUCAUUUCCUAUAUACCCACAAGUUGUUUCAGACGUUUGGCUAAGAAAAUAAGUAGUUAACUGGUAAAUUUUCUCCUCAGAGCAGAUCAACCUAGGUUUCUCGCUCAGUUCCCUACAUACCCACAAAUUGUUUAGAUUUUAGAAUUGGCUACCAAGUGGUUUGUUGCUCAGUUUAAAAGUCUUACAUUUUUUUUUGGGCUAGGGUAGAUAAAUUUCAGUCCUGCUGUUCAAUUUGUCUUCGACGCCACAUGUCAGAAGUCGUUUUAGACGUUAGAGUAGGUCAAUAAAAAUUCCUCCGUCUCACCCAAAAGCUAAGCUCAAACAAUAGCAGGUAUAAGUGUUCAAUUCUGUUUCAGAUGCCAGAUUCCAGAUGUUACAAAUUGUUUCAGAGAGUAGAAUAAUUUUGUGAUAGUCCUCACUCUAGCAAGCAGAACCUGUGUUGACUUGGAACAAUCAGUAGGUCGAGUGUUCAAUUCUGCUACGCCCAUAAACAGAAACUGUCCUCAAAUGGAAGGGUUAGGAGGUGGAUACGAGGCAUUUGUAGAGCGUUUGCAAAUGGAUAUAGCUACCACCAAUGGACCCAAAAAAUCAACAGUUAAUUCACCCAUCAACCCCUCUCAGCCACAGCAGAUUCAACAAUCCAGGUAUGUAGGGUAUCCAUCCCCCAGCAAUGCAUUCACAAUAAAAAGAGAAGCAACCCCAGCUCUGUCGGACUCCUCUGCUAAUUCAACGUCCAUGGACGUGUGUAUGCAAGAGCCAGUGAACUCAUCAGUAACGGUGCCCGCGAGGACUUUAGGUUCAAUGCAGCAAUUCAGCACGGAUGUGAAUCAGAUGCCGGAGGUUCCCCCUCGGAGAGGAGGGCAUCGUAGGGCUCAAUCUGAUAUUGGCUUUCGAUUGCCAGACGAUAUUAUGUUUGACGCUGAUCUUGGUUUCACUGGUUUUGAUGCACCCAAUCUAUCUGAUGAUGGUGCAGAGGAUUUAAUUUCCAUGUACAUGGACUUGGAGAAACUCAACUCUUUAGGAGAGCCAUCCAAUUCUGCAGCAGGACCACCGGCAGCACAAGAAGAAUUUAAGCCUUCCUCUAGCACUUAUAAUAAUCCUGUUCCACAUCAUUCAAGAAGUCUUUCUGUUGAUGCUGCGUUUUCAGGAUUUGAAGGCAACUUGGGGGGAACACAAGGGAAUCUUGGCUCUUCAGGGCCUAGUCGUCCUCGUCAUCGUCAUAGCAAUUCCAUGGACGGUUCAACUUCCUUGCAAACUGAUCGUCUGUCCUCAGAGUCAUUUGAGACAAAGAAAGCAAUGGCUGCAAAUAAACUUGCAGAACUUGCACUACUUGAUCCCAAACGUGCUAAAAGGAUAUUGGCAAAUCGACAAUCAGCCGUUCGAUCAAAAGAGAGGAAGAUGCGCUAUAUAUCAGAGCUAGAAAGAAAAGUUCAAACACUUCAGACGGAAGCAACUACUCUUUCAGCACAGCUUACAAUGUUACAGAGAGAUACAACUGGAUUGACUACUGAGAACAGUGAACUUAAGCUGAGACUACAGGCUAUGGAGCAGCAAGCGCAACUUCGUGAUGCUUUAAAUGAAGCACUCAGGGAAAAAAUACAAAGGCUGAAGAUUGCAACUGGACAGUCACCAAAUAAUAAAGAUGCUUUCAACAUGGGGACAAAUGCACAUCUGCCUUUGAAUCCGUCGUUUUUCCCAACUGCUCAACAAUCACAUCAUUUAAAUCAACUGCAGUCUCUUCAGCAUUCCCAGUAUGCUGUCAAUAACCAGCCUCUGAUGGGGCAGGCUCAGAUGCAUUCAAUGUUUCCUCAACAUGUUCCUGUAGGACAAUUUCAAGGGCGUGUUGGGGGUCAAGGUGGACCUUUAGCAGAAUCAGAAGUAUCUUCUAAUUCUGUUAGUGGCCCUGACAAGUCAUCUGUUUAGAUGGAUGGAAUUUGCCAGUGACACCCCCUAUAUCAAUCACUCAUUGAAGGUCAUUUGGCUGUAAUUAGUUUCCAGAUUUUGCUUUCUCAUUAGAAUCCUUAUGCUGUACAGGCUGCAUUAUGCUUGUUACACCCAAAUUCUUUGCAUCCUUUGCUAUCGUUGAGAACUUGGAAGUUGCCUUGUAAAAGUAGAUGAUUACUUUUUUUCUCCAUUUGUCAGAAACAUUGUUAAUACAUAUGAACUCUCUGCAUGUUAGGAUGAACAAACAAUGGUAGAAUAUCUCAUGUUGAUUGGGAGAUGGAGAGAUGUUUUGUUGUAACUCUAUGGAAUUCAUUGAUUCUACUGCACUUUACAGUCUGCAAGUCCAGAGUACAUUCUGUUGUGUUGAAAAAUAUCCAUGAUGCCUUUGCAUCAGUGGACUGAAGUAUCAUCACCAAUUUGGCCCUUCAAAUUUCCAUACCAUCUACCCUAGUUGUGCAUGGUUGGCCCAGGAAAUGCCAUAGUAGAAUAAGUAGUUGUGAUAAGCCGAUUCUUAUAGAACAAACUAGACAACAUUAAUUGCUACUCUUCGGGUGUCUGCCAAACAGUAUUGUUCCUCAAGUCAUUCAGAUUGGUGGUCAAUCAGCUUAUUCUGUCAUAUGGAAUUCACUUUAUGCUCAAGGAAAUAUGAUGGAUAAGGCACUGAAGUCCCAGUGUACAGAAGUGGAAACAUCCAGGACAAGACUCUAGAAUGAUAUUGCUUAUUUGUUUGUUGGGAGUGUUGCUGCUUAGUAACUUUUGGUCAUUUAAUGCUUUGAUACACUGUAAAUGGAGAAAUGAAAAAAGCUACAAUGAUGAUGUCAUGUGUUCGCAGGUGUGAGAUCAAAUCGGAAAGAAUGUUAAUAGAAUGACAGAUAGUCACACAUGCUUUGGACUAAAAUCAUAAUCUAGGUUAAGUAGUAUUUGUCAACUUAUUUAUUGUAAAGGACUAGCUGUUAGGAAAUUGUACCUUGAGAUAUAUGUACAAUUAUUAAUACUAUUUAGCACUUAACUGUGCUAGACAAACAUAUCGGCUUAAUUAUUUCUUGACAUGCUUGUAAAUUAUACUGUACAAAUUUAAUAUGCACUAGCACUAUUUGUUGGAA